CAUGGAAAACAGCAAUCUGAAACAGCCCUGUAACCCCACUAGAGCUUUAGCGAGUCCAGGCUCUCUGAAUCGGCGCCUAGUGCACUAAACAGCGCGCCACUCCCAUGCGCCACGCCCAAGCUUAAUUUGGCUCCCGGCGUUGCAUCCGCCCAUUUCGCCUUGUAACAAGAACCCAUUUUCGACUUUUGCCGCUGUCACAGAACAAUGCCGACAACGAUUUCUUCAAACGUGCGCUGCUUCCCACUCGAAAACAUGGGUUCUAGGCGAAUAUUCAUACCCUCCUCUCGCAUUGUUUGUUCAUCGAUACGGCAAGUGUUGCUGUCCACCCAAAACAAGCUACCAAGAUGAAGAUCACUUGGGGGCUGCUGAUAGCCGCUGCUCUCGCUGAUGCUAAAUUGCCAGCCUACAAGGUUUUGCCACUGGAUGGUUCCGUUCAAGAAAGUGGUCCUUCGCUAUAUUUUAAAGACGGUUCCGUUAUUCACAAUGCAAAGUUACCUGAUUUGAUCGAACCUCUCCGCGGUGCUCGGUCAACGGCCGCCGGACCAGAUAGCAGCUGCGAACCAUUCAAAUAUCCAGUCAUGGAUGCUUCAGACAGCUGCCGUUUAUACUCCCGCCGGGCCAAAGACGUAGUCAACGCUGUCAACAACACAACAUUUCUAAAGUACUUCAAACGAGCCGACAAGAAGAUGCGUGACCAUAUCGCCGGAAUGUAUGGAAGACUGGAAAAAGAAUGUUCGAAGCCUGCUGGAGAGGUCAAACUGAGCUGUCAGCAUCCACUCUGUGAUCGCGGUGCCCUUUAUGCCCUAGACGGUAACCAGACAACGGGCGAGACUACAGCUAUCUACUGCCCAAACUUCUGGCCAUUCUAUGACGAACAGUACAGAGAUAAGCACCUUUGUGAAGGAAAGGGUAAAAGAGACACAAUGACGCACGGAGCCAUGCUGCUAUCCCACGUCAGCUGGACCAAGCCAGUCGGAGCUCAGUUCAAAUUUGAAGGCGACUAUAUCGCAGAAGAUCUUGGAGCGCUGGGUGACUUUGCCUACAAUGAAGCCCACUACUGCCUUGACGUUCCCUCAAGGCGAUCAGUUCGAUAACUGGGAGAAGGCGAAAUACAACCAAGAUUGAUGAUUUACGGUAGCGUCUCUAGCAAGCAAGAGAUUUCUCUUCCACUUUAAUUCCCCUAUAUCCCAUGUUCGCAACGGCGAUGUAUUACUGCUAAUUCAAUGUUCGGGCCGCUAUUUCAAGGACCAGGCUUAAAGAUCGAAAUGUAGACUGUCAUUAGCGGGGAUAAUUACACGUUUGAAUUUCUUUCCUUUCACUUCAGUUAUGUUCAUCGUGACACUCUUUCGGUUGACUACGGCUUCAAACGGCUUCAAAUAGACACGACAAAGGCGAAGGUAGUGAUGUUACAGUGUGGACAAAGUAGAGCCAGCGUGGUUUUAAUUUCGUUUUGUAUUGAAUUCGUGAUUUGUUUCGCUUUUAAUUGUAUACAAGAGAGGGGAUGCCAUGCCGCGGCAUAGCCAGCCAAUACACUCCUGGACGCCGAUGAACGUCCAAACUCAAUCUCCGUCAUCUGUUGCCCCAGCUUCGCUCCAACUCCAAAAGAAAUGUUAGGAAAAUGAAACCGACUCCCGCGCAAAGCCAUAGCGUCCUCCAACGCUCAAGGCAUAAACACAAACUCCCAGCUAGGUGCGAACGAGUAGUGACAGUUGCAAAAAGAGAUAGGAAAUAAAACAAAGUAUAUGGCAAACGCCGUGGCUGAAGGUGAAAAUAAAGUAGGGUUAAUAUACAGUAGGGAUACAUGAUCCAUAAUCGUUAAGGGCGGUAGGCGGGAUGGACAGUCGAUAUCAAGCAUCCGAGUCCCGCGCCAGCCGGGUAAAUAAUACAAUAUGUCGUUACACGGAGAGUUGCUGACGUUGUCUCUCUCUUCGAAGAGUCUCGAGAACGCCGAUAAGGCCGUUGUUACGGAUGCGCUCGAGAACAAGCUUCAUGCCGUCACGGCUCUUGCCAAGCUGCGCAACGGUCUUGGUGGAAGCAAGGCUUUCAAUGCUGCGUUGAAUGCCCUUUGUGCCCCAACCUCCCAUGAAGCCAUUGAACCAUCCGUCUUCCUGGGCUUGGCCAAUGCGACCACGGAUCUUUUCACCCAAGCGUGACUUGAAAAUGACAGAGGUUGUGACUUCGGUGGACGUCUUUGAGCUUUCAGGGUCUGUGGGGAUCUGAAAGUCCUGCUUCUCAACUACCGAGAGAACACCCGUGAAGUUGAGAUUGCGGCUUUCCGUCUUCAUCCAUCCCUCACGGAUAUCAACAACAGUAGUCUCCAGAAUAUAAGAGGCCUUCUCGCCUGAUCCUCCGCCCGUGACGCUCGUAGGAAGCAGCUUGAAAAUAGCCUUGGGCAUACGGCUCUUCUUCAGAUGAAGGCGCGUCGUGUGCAGGCGCUGAGUUGAAGGGUCAACAUGGCUGGAAAUGGUGUCGGUGCUCAUGACAUGGGCGGCGAACGGGUUGAGCUGUGGUGAGGAGUAUCGGAGGAAGUAGGCGAGUGUGACGGUCGGGAAGGGGUGGGAAUAGGUGUGGUUGGUGCUGUGAGUGAGAACCAUUUUGGCAAUGGAGCUGCUCAGAAGCCCAAUUGAUAUAUGUGGUGGUGUGGUUUAAUUGACUUGGGCUACGUCCGGCUCGGUCGGAGAAGCUCGUAGAAGCACGAGAGCCGACAAGAUGCGCGAUAGCUGGCGCAGAGAAAAAAAAAAGCGGAAUGAUCGAGAAAGAAAGAAGAAUCAAUUCUGUAGAAUAGAUACAGAAGCGGGGGAAUAUAGCACAAACAAAAGCAGCAGGCGAUGUCGACGGAGCAGCCUCCGGUGCCUC